AUGCUCCCACGACAGGCCGCGUCGCUGUCGCGCGGGUACAAUGCCACGUCCAGGGCCUCAAUUCUCUGCAGACGGUUACCGCGAGCGACCAACACACAAUUCCGCACAUCCUUCAGCAAUGGAAGCCCAGCAUCCGCUGCGAGACGCGCCGUCCUACAGACCUCACAAUUAAGCAGGCAAACCCCCACCACGACCGCGAUACGAACCGUCUCGACGAAACCUCUCCAAGCUCCGCGAUCACGUCUUGCCCGCUAUGCGUACCGAACAGCAGCCAUGCUCGGCUCUUUCGUCGCCGUUAGCGGUGUCUUGGUCAUCGCCUUCUUCGUCUACGACGCCUACACAUACAACGAGGACCCUAUCGCGACCGAUAUCCCCGUGUCCGAACUCGCGCUCAGUCCGAGGAGAGGAGGGCCAAAGAACCUGCCUAUCGCCGACCACUUCGUUGACGACGAUGAAACGCCCGAGAAUAAGAAGCUCAAGCACAAGCCAAAGUUGGUCAUACUGGGUACUGGCUGGGGCAGCGUGGCCCUCCUGAAGCAGCUGAACCAGGAUGACUACCACGUUGUCGUUAUUUCGCCGUCCAACACCUUCCUUUUCACGCCGAUGCUGCCUUCCGCUACCGUCGGAACGCUGGAGCUCCGGUCCCUCGUCGAACCAGUGCGAAAGAUUGUUAGGAGAGUACGCGGGCACUUUCUCAAAGCAAAGGCUGAGGACGUGGAAUUCUCUGAGAAGCUCAUCGAAUGUUCAGCUGUAGAUGCCAAGGGCCAGGAGCAACGGUUUUAUGUCCCCUACGAUAAGCUCGUCGUCGGAGUCGGAUCCGUUACAAACUCGCAUGGUGUCAAAGGUCUCGAACACUGCCAUUUCCUCAAGGAUAUCAGCGAUGCCAGGAUCAUCCGUAACCAGGUCGUCAAGAACCUCGAGUUCGCGUGCCUACCGACAACGUCUGACGAAGAGAGGCGAAGACUUCUGUCGUUCGUGGUUUGCGGUGGUGGACCUACUGGCGUAGAGUUCGCGGCCGAGCUCUUCGACAUGCUGAAUGAGGAUCUCUGCAAGCUCUACCCCAAGCUUCUACGCAACGAAAUCUCCGUCCACGUUAUUCAGUCCCGGAGCCACAUCCUGAACACCUACGAAGAGGCUCUAUCUCAGUACGCUGAGCAACGUUUCGCCCACGACUCGGUCGACAUCCUCACAAACUCGCGCGUCAAAGAAGUCCAAUCGGACAAGAUCCUCUUCUCGCAAAAGGACGAAAACGGCAAAGUGGUUACCAAGGAGAUCCCCAUGGGUUUCUGUCUAUGGUCAACUGGUGUUGCGCAGACCGAUCUUUGCAAGCGUCUCGCCGCCAAACUCGACGGACAGAACAACAAGCACGCUCUGGAAACCGACACACAUCUUCGUUUGAACGGAUCACCUCUCGGUGAUGUUUACGCUAUCGGUGACUGCGCAACCGUCCAAAACAACGUCUCUGAUCACAUCGUCAACUUCCUACGCACGACUGCCUGGGAGAAGGGCAAGGACCCCGAGAAGCUUCAGAUCUCGUACUCGGACUGGCGCGGCAUCGCCAAACGCGUCAAGCAGCGCUUCCCACAAGCAGCGAACCAUCUUCGCCGCCUAGACAAGCUGUUCGAACAGUACGACAAGGACAAGUCUGGGACUCUGGACUUUGGCGAGCUUAGAGAGCUGCUCUUCCAGAUCGACUCGAAGCUCACAUCCCUACCCGCCACCGCCCAGCGCGCUAACCAGCAGGGUGAAUACCUUGGUCGCAAGUUCAACAAGAUCGCCCAAGCAGCCCCCGGCAUGGCACUCAAUAACGUUGACUACGGUGACCUGGACGAUGCGGUGUACAAGGCUUUCGAGUACAAGCAUCUGGGUAGCUUGGCAUACAUCGGUAACGCAGCUAUCUUCGACUACAAUGGCUACGGCUUGAGCGGUGGUCUGCUGGCCGUCUACCUAUGGAGAGGCGUCUACUUUGCACAGAGUGUGAGCCUCAGGACAAGGUGUUUACUCGCCAUGGACUGGACCAAGAGGGCGCUGUUUGGACGAGAUUUGAUGAACUUCUAA